ACUCUGCCCAAGAUUGAUUCUCUGAGGAUAGAUAUGUACCACUUCUUAGGUUAUGAUCCCAUUGAUGGUGUUUACAAAGUUUUGUGUAUGAUUGAAGGAAACCCUAUUGGUGGGAAAUUUGGUUUAGCUCAGGAGCUUCGGGUUUUGACACUGGGAAAGGAGAAUUCCUGGAGGUUGGUUGAAGAUUUUCCUCAACACUUUCUUGAUUCUCUUGAUGCUCCUGAUAUAUGUAUCAAUGGUGUUUUGUAUUAUAAGGCCUUGCUCGACACACAAGGUAAGAAUAAAGCAUUCAUGAGUUUUGAUGUCAGAUCGGAAAAAUUUGAUCUUAUCAAACGACCAGAGUUACCUGAAAGGUGAGCUUGUUUUGGCACCGCUAGGUGUGUAUACAGACCCAUUUUAUGUUCUAUAUUAUGAUCCAAAGAAAAAUUGUGUGAGAAGAGUAUACAUAGAAGGAAUCACAGAACUGAACGAAAAUACAUAUCAUAGCAUAAUCUCUGUCUUCCCUGGUCAAGUUAAUAAUCUCAUGUGUCUCUA